GGUCUAACAAUACUGCAAUCAAGGUGCCAUCCAGGGCUGAAGUCUCAUCUGAAGUUCAACAGGAGAAGCAUUCACCCACAAGUCCAUGUUUUUUGUGGUGUGUGAGACUGAGAUCCUCAGUUUCUUGCUAGCUGUUAUCUGAAGAUCACUCAAUACCUUGCCACAUGGACAACAAGCAUGCAAAAGCUGUUCUGGAAGUAAAGCAACAUCCUCCUGUGAAGAGGCAGAAACCAACCCCAGGGGUGCCAUAGGAAGGCACAAGAAAGGACUGGUCCUCAGUUCUGAAGCCCAGCCAAAUUUAAAUGUGAUGGCUGUACUACCUGGUCCUCUGCAGCUGCUUGGAGUGCUGGUCACCAUUUCCCUGAGCUCCAUCAGGUUCAUUCAGGCUGGUGCCUACUAUGGGAUCAAGCCGCUGCCACCUCAGAUUCCUCCUCAGAUGCCACCACAAAUUCCCCAAUACCAGCCCCUGGGCCAGCAAGUACCUCAUAUGCCUCUGGGCAAAGAUGGCCUUACCAUGGGCAAAGAGCUGCCUCACUUGCAGUAUGGCAAAGAGUAUCCACACUUACCCCAAUAUAUGAAGGAGAUUCAACCAGUGCCAAGGAUGGGCAAGGAAACAGUACCCAAGAAAGGCAAAGUAGAAAUACCGUUAGCCAGUUUACGAGGAGAACAAGGUCCCCGUGGAGAACCUGGCCCAAGAGGACCUCCUGGACCUCCUGGUUUGCCAGGUCAUGGGAUUCCUGGAAUCAAAGGAAAACCAGGGCCACAAGGCUAUCCAGGAGUUGGAAAGCCAGGUAUGCCUGGAAUGCCAGGGAAGCCAGGAGCCAUGGGAAUGCCUGGGGCAAAAGGUGAAAUUGGACCCAAAGGGGAAAUUGGGCCUAUGGGGAUUCCAGGCCCACAAGGACCUCCAGGGCCUCAUGGACUUCCUGGCAUUGGGAAGCCAGGUGGACCGGGAUUACCAGGACAGCCUGGACCAAAGGGUGAUCGAGGACCCAAAGGACCACCAGGACCUCCAGGCCUCCAGGGUCCUAAAGGAGAGAAGGGCUUUGGGAUGCCAGGUUUGCCAGGUCUGAAGGGCCCUCCAGGAAUGCAUGGCCCUCCUGGCCCGGUUGGACUCCCAGGAGUGGGAAAACCAGGAGUCACAGGCUUCCCUGGGCCCCAGGGCCCCCUGGGGAAGCCAGGGCCGCCAGGGGAACCUGGCCCACAAGGACCUAUCGGGGUAACAGGUGCUCAAGGACCCCCUGGGAUGCCUGGACUUGGAAAACCAGGCCAGGAUGGGAUCCCUGGCCAGCCAGGAUUUCCAGGUGGCAAAGGGGAGCAAGGACUACCAGGGGUGCCAGGACCCCCAGGCCUUCCAGGAGUUGGGAAACCAGGUUUCCCAGGGCCCAAAGGUGAUAGGGGUGUUGGGGGUAUUCCUGGGGCACUUGGACCCAGAGGGGAGAAAGGGCUAGUAGGUGCCCCUGGAAUGGGGGGUCCCCCAGGAGAGCCAGGCUUACCUGGAAUCCCUGGUCCUAUGGGCCCUCCUGGUGCUAUUGGUUUCCCUGGACCCAAAGGAGAGGGUGGAGUUGUAGGGCCCCAAGGUCCACCAGGUCCCAAGGGUGAGCCAGGGCUUCAGGGCUUUCCAGGAAAGCCAGGUUUCCUUGGAGAAGUAGGGGCCCCUGGUAUGAGAGGUUUGCCAGGUCCCAUAGGGCCUAAGGGGGAAAUUGGCCACAAAGGAUUGCCAGGGCUUCCUGGUGUGCCAGGGCUACUUGGACCCAAGGGAGAACCAGGCAUCCCAGGGGAUCAGGGUCUCCAGGGACCUCCAGGUAUCCCAGGAAUUGUAGGCCCUAGCGGCCCCAUUGGGCCACCUGGAAUUCCAGGUCCCAAAGGGGAACCAGGCCUCCCAGGGCCCCCUGGGUUCCCUGGUGUAGGGAAACCUGGAGUCGCAGGACUUCAUGGGCCCCCAGGGAAGCCUGGUGCCCUUGGUCCUCAAGGCCAACCUGGACUUCCAGGGCCCCCAGGACCUCCAGGACCACCUGGUCCUCCGGCUGUGAUGCCCCCAACACCCCCCCCGCAGGGAGAGUAUCUGCCAGAUAUGGGGCUAGGAAUUGAUGGUGUGAAACCCCCCCAUGCCUAUGGGGCUAAAAAAGGCAAGAAUGGAGGGCCAGCCUACGAGAUGCCUGCAUUUACCGCGGAGCUGACUGCACCCUUCCCGCCAGUGGGGUUGCCAGUGAAGUUUGACAAGCUGCUAUAUAAUGGCAGACAGAACUACAAUCCACAGACCGGCAUCUUCACCUGUGAGGUCCCUGGCGUCUACUACUUUGCUUACCAUGUUCACUGCAAGGGCGGCAACGUGUGGGUUGCUCUCUUCAAGAACAACGAGCCCAUGAUGUACACAUACGAUGAGUACAAAAAGGGCUUUCUGGACCAGGCAUCUGGGAGUGCCGUGCUGCUGCUCAGGCCUGGAGACAGGGUGUUCCUCCAGAUGCCCUCAGAACAGGCUGCUGGACUGUAUGCAGGGCAGUAUGUCCAUUCCUCCUUUUCAGGAUAUUUAUUGUAUCCCAUGUAAAAAAUGAAAAGAAAGAGAUUUAAUAGAAGAAAAGAAAAUGAGACAUCAAAAAUACAAAUGAAAAACACAAUCACUUCAAAACAUUUAUAUAGUUGGAAAGUUAUAUUUAAGUGAAAGUUUGGACCAUCUUGUACAAAUAAAAACUAAGAUUCAUGUUUAAUACUCUGCACAGUAGCUUGUAAUGGAAAAUGAUGGGAUAGAUUUAUAUACCAAGUAUUGACACUUAUGUUGUACCCACUGGAAUCAUGUAGGUGUUGUACAUUAUAUGGUUCCAUGAUAAUCUGCUUUAUUCAGAUCAGUCAAAAUAUGACAGAAUGAAAGAUCCUAGCUAAUGAAAGUCAUCCACUCAUAUUGUUUCUUUUAAAGUAUUUAUAAAUAUGCCUUAAAGAAAUAUCAACAGUUACAUACUGUUUUUAUUUGCAUAAUUUUCUCUCCAUCUGUGCAGAUGCUUUGCCAUGGAAUGUAUGUGUGGCAAAGGGCAAGGGGUCUGUAGUGUUACUGUCUCAGUAGGAGGGAGGGGGCAGUGGAAAUAAUGGUAGUUUUUAAUCCAAGGGAUAUUUCUCUCCUGUUAGAGGCUGUCUUUUAGCAGUUCUGGCUUUCGUCAGAACUGUGUGUCAAGGCACUCUCUGAAAGAACACAUGAACCAGUCAACCAUCAUAUAUGUACUCAGCAUCUCCUCUGUACAGAACACAGAGAUGCUAGAGUGGGACCUAAGUCCACAAGGAGCUUACAAACCAGCUAAAGACAUGAGUAAUGAUUAACUCAUUCAUUUAUCGAGGGGGUUUUUUUUCCUGUGACUUCUUUUUCUUUUUCUCCUUCUAUGUAAUCUCUUUUCAAUAUGGCCCUACCCAUAUAAAUACCCUGAAUUUAUAUGGAAAACAAAGUAACCCUUCCUCUACAGUAUAACUUGCCAGUUUUGUGGACUAUUUAUUAUUAACAGCAGAUACUGUGUUUACAUGCAUUAAAAUUUCCCCUCCUUUGUCUCCACACAUAAACAACCACAAUGAAGUAUUAAUCAUGGAGAUAUCAAUAUUUUUUAGUAGCUGUGAAUUGAAGAAAUGUCCCUAUUUAGUAGGGUUGCAAACUGAAUGUCAUCUGACCUUCUAAAGUCAAUUCCCAAAAUCCAAACCAUUUUUUAAUUUGGGAGAAACAUCAGAAUUCAUAGGAAAAUAAAUUUGUAUUUAAAAAUUAAUUGUAUUUAAAAAUUAAUUAUGAAGUUUGACAUUUAAAAAUAAGUGUGAUGUUUCCAGGUGAUGGUACUAAAAUUGUUGUUUGUUUAGCAGCAAACUGUGGAAAAGACAGCUGAAGUGUCAUAAGGUGACAAUAGUCCAUGUCAAUUAUGUCACCCCAUACUCAGCACAAAUCAACAACUAAAACAGGUUUGACAGAGAGAAAUAAAUGUUCCAGAUUUUUCACUCAGGCACAUACUAAGUAGCAUUGCUCAAAACAUAGACAAACCUUUUCAAGUCCACUGUUACCCACUAUGAACACUAUAAGCCUCUUGAGGAAAUAAUAUGGGAUUGUGGUAGUAAAAUUUUAUAUAUUUUUAUUAAAAACUAAGAGUAAGGAGCAGAAGGGAUAGAUAUAGAGGUAAAAUUACACAAAUAAAUACUAAAUACUAUAUAGGAAAACAUGAAAUUUGCCUAUGUCAAAUCUGAAUCAGUGGUAGAGCUCUUGCUUAGCAUGCACAAGACCCUGGGUUAAACCACAGCACCACACACACACACACACACACACACACACACAAAGGCAUCAUUUUUACUACAACAAAAACUCUUAGUCUAAUAAUUGUCUUUUUCCUGUACAGUAUACAAGCACCAUUUCUUCUCAAUUCUUUUUUUUUUUUUUAUUGGGAAUCAAAUUCAGGACUUUGCGCUUGCCAGGCAGGCAUGGCACCACUGAGCUAAAUCCCCAGCCCACCAUUUCUUCUCAAUUCUUAAGAAAAGUGAAUUCAUUACUACAAGCUUUCCUAUUUACUGCUGAUUAUGUAACAGUUUUCUCAUUAAAAUGAUACCCUACCCAACCUUCAUUUUCAAAGUAGGCAGCAUUUAUGUGGCCAGAUAUCCUUUGGGUUGGUCUUGAGGUUGUUGGUUUUGGUCUGGUGACUACAGAAGUAACAUGGAUCUCUCCUUCUGAUAAACAGCAUUGAAAUGACUUAGAAGCAUGUCAGACCAAUUGAUUUAUAAAACUAUUUAUCUGCACAUGUAUGGACUAUUUAUUUCCAACAAGCAAGAGAGAAAUUACCUCUUUAGUUAAAACUAAGUUUCACUUCUCAAAAUAUCUCCAACUUAUUUAUUGGUUGCUACUCAAUUGCCUAUAUAUAUAUAUAUAUAUAUGUAUGUAUAUUAUCAGGCAUAUGCUUCUAACUUUUAGAUGGAGGAGGAGCAAAAUCUAUUCCAGAUACUGUGUAUUCUACAAUGGUGCUAAUCUCAAAGCUAAAUGAUACUCCAUUUAAUUUUAAAAAGUUUUAACUAAUUAUCUAUGUGCCCAUGUUUCCCUUUUGAGAAAUGCACAUCAUUAGUAUAAAAGCAUCUGAAACAACCACAUGUUCUAAAGUCUAGGGAUGGUAGUGUAAUCCAUAUUUGAACAAAAUAAACUAGAACUUUUCCAUGUGAAAUGGAUCAAAUUAUCAUUAUUGUUAUUUAAAGAGUUAUAAUGCAAUAUGACAUCCUACAGGGGAAAAGAAUGUCUGUAAUGGGUGUCCUCAAAUAUUUUAGACUAUAAUGAAUGGUGAACAAAUUGGUAACUUGUUUGAGUUUCCAUGAUAGAUUUGAGAUUUAAUGACAAAUCAUUUUUGUAUUUAAAUUUUUGUACUGAUUUGAGAAAGUCAUUAAAUACUUUAAAACUA